UGUUUACCGGCCGAUGUUUUUCUUACAAGACCUUCAGAUUUUGGAGGUUAUCCUUGCACUUCUUGUCUUCGUUGCUAUACAUUCCAUGAGGCAGAAACGGCGUUAUGGUGUCCCUGUGUGGCCAUUUCUAGGCAUGCUGCCGUCGUUGGUGGCCGGUCUCCAGUCCAACCUUUACGAGUGGAUUACCGAUGUGCUUUGCCGGCAGAACGGGACUUUCAUGUUUAGAGGUCCGUGGUUCAGCAGCCUUAAUUGCGCGGUGACCGCGGAUCCUAGGAACCUGGAGCAUCUUCUCAAGACCAAGUUCUCUGUUUAUCCCAAAGGACCUUUUUUUUGUGACAACAUGUGUGAUCUUCUCGGCGAUGGGAUAUUCAGUGCCGACAAUGAAACCUGGCAACGGCAGAGAAAGACGGCGAGCAUCGAGUUCCACUCGGCUUUGUUCCGACAAUUGACGACCGAGUCAUUGCUGGAGCUCGUUCACGCUAGGCUCUUUCCUGUCUUAGAAAAUGCGAUGAACAAAGCAAUCUCCAUUGAUCUUCAAGAUGUCCUAUUGAGAUUAACAUUCGAUAAUGUUUGCAUGAUAGCCUUUGGGGUCGACCCUGGGUGCUUGAGCCCCGGACUGGCCGAUAUACCAUUCGCUAAAGCCUUCGAGGACGCUACGGAGGCGACGCUGCUCCGUUUCGUUACGCCGAAAUGGGUAUGGAAAACCAUGAGAUACCUUGAUCUGGGAACGGAAAAGAAGCUGAAAAGAUCGAUAAACGCCGUCGACGAAUUCGCUGAAAAGGUUAUCGAAACAAGGAAAAAAGAACUGUUCUUACAAACCGAAACACAGAAGCAAAGAUCAGAUUUGUUAACCGUGUUUAUGAGGUCAAACGAUGAGCAAGGGAAGCCAUUUUCAGACAAGUUCCUAAGAGACAUUUGUGUGAACUUUAUACUUGCCGGAAGAGACACUUCUUCGGUGGCAUUGAGCUGGUUUUUCUGGUUGCUGGGAAAGAACCCAAGGGUGGAACGAAAGAUUCUUCAAUAGAUAAGCAGAAUCAUUA